CACCCUCAUGAAAAUCUGUUGUCCAACUUUCUGUGAAUGCAACUGAAGUGUCCGAGUGCAAGUGAAAGCAGCAUCAGAGGACUAACGUCUGUUAGUGUAGCAGCCAGUUGAUUGUAAUCAGUACAGAAACGAGGGAUCCUAGAAACAACCAAAAAAGAACUCUGGCACUAAUUUAGCAGCAUAAGAGACAAAGUAAGACGAAUUAUUGCAGAGCAUAUCUGGAGUUGGGAUUUUCAUCUCUCCCUGGAGGAAAGGAGGACUUUACUGUGGACUCAGAUCUGGUACUGGGUUUUAGUGACGGAUUCUCCUGGAUCAGAUGUGCAGCAGCUGGUGAUUAAAGAAGAGGUUCCCCAUGAACAGAGCUCCAGUUUGGACCAGCAGGAUCCAGAGUUCAUCCCCAUAAAGGAGGAACAGGAAGAACUGUGGACCAGUCAAGACAGAGAGCAGUUAUUGGGGAAGAAGAGACUGAUAUCAGCAGGUUUUCAUUCACUUCAUUCCUGUGAAAAGUGACAGCAAUGAAGACAAAAUCUCAGUCUUCACAGCUUCAUCAGAGCCAAAUGAAAGAAAACAGAGAGGAAAGAAACAGCUCAGCUAAACAGAUGACAACAGACACUGAUGGAGACGACUGUGGAGGACCAGAACCGACCAGGAACCCAGAUUCAAAGACUCAUUUUCAACCAAAUGCUGAUGGAAAAUCUUCAGACUCAUCUGAAACUGAAGUCAGUGAUGAUGAGGAAGAUGAAGAGGAGGAGCAGGAUGAGUGGCAGGAACCAUUGUCAGAUUCUGACCCUGAAACUGAAGACAGUGAAGAUGAUUGGAAGGAGACCAGAGGAGCUAUGUCAGGUGGAAGUAAUAAUGUGAGUUGUAACACUAAGAAAAAAUCCUUUAGCUGCUCUGAGUGUGAUAAACACUUUACCAACAAACAGUCUCUUUCUAAACACAAGGCAUGUCAUUCAGGAAAAAGCUCUUCCAACUGUUCAGAUAAUGAGAAAUGUUUUAGAGUGGAGCAAAAUGGGAACUCCAAGAAAAAGGGACGGAAAGUAAUUGCCUGUAAAGAAUGUGGUAAAACAUUUUCAUGUAGUUCUAAUUUUAAGGUGCACCUGUCAGCUCACAGAGGAGAAAAACUAUUUGGCUGCGAUAUUUGUGGUGCAAGAUUUAGUCGGGAUGUAUCUCUGAAGAGACACAUGAUGGACCACACAGGAGAAAGACCGUUUGGCUGUGACGUUUGUGGUCAAAGAUUUCUUGUUAAAGCAGACCUUAAGACACACAUGACUAUUCACACAGGAGAGAAACCAUUUGGUUGUGAUACGUGUGGUAGAAAAUUUAGACGUAAGCCUGAUCUUACGGCACACAAGAGAGGCCACACUGGAGAGAAACCAUUUGGUUGUGGUGAUUGUGGUGCCAGAUUUUCUCGACAGGGAUCUCUGAACAGACACAUGACAAUCCACUCAGGAGCAAAGCCAUUUCGUUGUGUUGAUUGCGGUAAAAGAUUUAACCGAAGUACACAUCUUACAAGUCACAAGAGAGUUCACACAGGAAAUAAGAAAAGAUUCACCGAAGGAGAGAGACCGUUUGCUUGUGACGAGUGUGGUCAAAGUUUUAAGCUAAAGCCACAUCUUGACAGACACAUGAGAGUUCACACAGGAGAGAAACCAUUUCAAUGUGAUGAUUGCAGCAAAAAAAUUACACGACUGGGAAAUCUACUGAGUCACAUGAAGACGAUACACAAAAUAGAAAAUGCAUAGCUGCAGGGCUUGUAGUGAAUGAUUGAAAGCUUCAAGAUUAAAUGCUUAAAAGCAGCAUACAUUAAAACAAAGUCCACUGUAGUGGCUCUACAACCUGCUCUACUCUACAUCGUCCCUGUUGUUUAAUUUUCCUGCAGUAGUCUGGACCCAAAAUGAACCCUGCUGCUGUCGCUCAAUAAAAUGUGCCAUAUCAGUGGACUUAUACUACCCCUGCUUGUGCUUAUGUGAAGUUUAAUGAUAUAUUUUUCUUUGUGGAUGAUGAGUAGUCGCUUUGACCAAAGCUAAUUCGGAUCCUAAUGAAUAAGAAAUAUAUUUUUGUUAUUGGUUUCGUGACUCCAAACCAAAAAUGAGUCACUGAGAGACUAAGUUAGGGAGUAUUGUACUGCUGACUCGCUGCACAAAAAACAUAGCCGUUUCUGAGUUUCCGACUGUCGUAUUUAUUCAAAAAAAUCACCGAACAAACCAGUAAAACAGGGCAAAACAAGGCAAGAUGUUCAAAAGCUCAAUUUGUAGCUGGGCGGUCAACAAAAAAAUUUGACCUCCCUACUCACCCCCUCUCCAUGCAGUCGCCGCGGUGAACAGGUGAAUAUCAUGCCACUCAAACAAAUCACUGCACUUCCGACCACACCCCCGUGACGUGAGUGAAAGGUGACAAACAGCUGAUGCCAAUACGACAUUUACGCAUAUGGCACCUACAGUUGGUUAAGGUUGUUUAAAAGUCAAUAAACUGUUCAUAUAGCACUGUUUGUUGUUGAGAAUGUAAGUGCAACCUAAAAAAUAAAUCAGUUCUAUUCAACCAAUCUAAAGAUCAGCCUCAUUUAACAUUCUGCACUGUCAAUGAGAAAAUCUCGAUCAUGAUUACAGUCAAAGGUUAGUGUAUCAAUAGCCCAGAUUUUGGAUUUCUGAAUGAUAGAGAUUGGCAGCAACCACAUUUAUGGAGCUUUAAAUAGACCAUCAAGCAUCUGUUAAAGCAGCAAACACUUAACUAAAGAGAUGGUAGAUAGUGUGUGUAACGGUUGCAUUUGGUUCUUGAAGAUGUUUCACCGUUAUCCAAGUAACUUCUUCAUUUCUCACCGACUGGUGUUGAGUUCCAGGUAUUUAUGCUCACAUGAAAUCGCAUGACUAACGGCCCAGUAAUAAACCAAGCAUGUCUGGAGGUGUGAAUGGAUGCGAAACUGCCAGGUGAGGGAUCUCAAGACUGCAUUAUAAGUACCUGGUAGGUGGUGUUGCAUAUUAGCAUAAAUAGUGUCCACCACUCCUAUCUUCAAUAACCAGAAUGUGAAUUUUUGUCUUCAGAGGAGUGUCCUUUAUUCUUUAGAUUUUUAGUCUGCAUGAAAGACUGAACAAGACAGCUGUUCGCUGCAUAACUAGCAUCUACUUAGCAGUCUGGUUGGUACUUCUGUAUGGAAUGGAAAGUUGGACAUUGAACAACAAACUGAGAAAAAAAGAUUAGAAGCAUUUGAGAUGUGGCGCUGCCGAAGAAAGUUAAACAUCAGUUGGACGAGAAAGAUCAGAAUGCAAAGAUUUUAGAAGUGAUGAAUGAGAAGUUCAGAUUAAUGGACACCAUCAAGUUGAGAAAGGUUGCAUUUUAUUGUCACAUCUUGAAAAACAAUGAAAUGUUGUUAUUGAAGGCAGCAUUAAUGCAAAGAAAGAAGUAGGCAUUUUUUUGUCAAUAAAGAUAAUAUUAAAUGAAUGAUAAGUCCAGUCUAGAUGUUGUUAAUGUGGUAAAUGACUAUUCUAGCUAUAAACGGCUGAUUUUAAUAGAAUAUCUCCAUAGGGGUACAGAGCAACAUUUCCAGCAACCAUCACUCCUGUGUUCUAAUGCUACAUUGUGUUAGCUAAUGGUGCUGAAAGGCUCAUUGAUGAUUAGAAAACCCUUGUGCAGUUACGUCGCACAUGGAUAAAAAUGGGAGUUUUCAUGAGAAUCAUGACACUGUCUGGGUGACCCCAAAUUCAUUUCUUCUUCCAUUUCCAUACUCUUGCUUCUCAGUUCAAUAACUCACAAAGUCCUUGUUGCUUCCAAAUAUACCAAAUAUUUAAAAAAAAAAAAAAAAAACAACAAGCAGAACUCACUUUUUCUGAUGAUACCAGUAGUUUUUCCCUGUAAAAAAUUAUUGUUGAUUAAUCCAGUUUUGAAAUUACAAGACAUUUCUACAUUUUCACCAUUGUAAUUCUGACUUUACAUGACAAUUUGUGUUAAAAAUAAACUAAAAACCUUGUUUGAAUAACUUCAAAAUGGUCAAAAUGCCUCUAAAUGUGUCCAAAAUGACUUGCAAGUUGUCCAGACUUGUCCAAGCUUUUACCUGGGAACACCUCGGGAUUCCCCAGGACGAGCUGAGGGGAGCUGCUUCAUCUGCUGCCCCCACGACCCGGUCCUGGAUUAGAGGAAGACGACGGAUGGAUGGAUGGAUGGAUGGAUGUAAAAUCAAGAAGAGUGGAAAUAUGAGAUCCCAGAAACAGCCACUCAGGCAGGACUCUGGCAGAAAAACAAGCGGAAUGAAGGGACUCUAUGUUACAAAUAUUACAACUCAAUGAUUUUAUUACUGAUACCUGUUAACUUUUUUGAUUAAGUUAAAUUAUACACUAUGAUUCUUCUAUUUUAUGAUUUUUUUAUGAUAUAAUCUGAUGGGAUGUAAUAAUUCUUUGAUUGAUGAGGUGGAAAAGUGCACGAGUUGGGACGGGGGAAAGUAUGCUGUCAUUACGUUUGUAAAUUCAGUAUGCUGUCAUAGCAUAUGUAAAACCUGAAGGAAAUUCAGCAUAUGGCAUAAAAUACG